UUUUUCCGUCAUAAUUUUGGGGGAAAUGGAUAUAUAUAUAUUUAUUAUUCUUUUUACAGAAUCCCAAGUUUUUGGUUAUGGAGGAUCCGAUUCUGAAAAAAAAAAAAAAAAUUCUCAAAAAUCGUAUUUUCAAAAUUUCAAUCCCCCAUCUCUUCAGUUUUCAGCAGGAUGAGGCGAGGUUUGGGUCGGAAUUUCUCAUAAAAAAAAUUUGAAUUUAUUUUUCCCGUAUCCUUAAUCUCCGUAUUUUCCCCAAGUAGACUGAUUGAAAAAAAACCCACUUUAAUUUCAUGUGAAUUAACUUUGUCAUAUUACUGCAGGUAAUUACUCUGAAAGAAAUCUUUGCAGAAAGUCCUCCAAGAAACCUAGGAAGGACUAGAUCUUUGUCUUGACCCAAGAGACUCUUUAGCCAAGUGAUACCACUUCCUUGUUCAUUGAAUGAAGAUUGCUACUUAAGAUAUGAAGAGACUGAGCAAGAAUAACUGCAUCAUCUAGAAUAUCAGAUGACAUUGGCAUAACAGAAGAUACAUUCUCAUUAUUUAUCAUCUUUUAAAGACCAAAAUGAAGAUAUUGUACAGAGCAGAUAUAAAAGAUUGUUUCUAGAAAUCUAUGGUAGAAUUCCUCUGAUAUAUUUACUCUGAAAUGUGUUAUUAGCAACCUUUCUAGACAUCACUGGCUGGAGUGUCUACAAGAUGAGUCUGUUUGCAGAUUAAACGUGGAUAAAUUUACUAAAGAGUUUUGGAACAAAGGUAACACAAUGGACAGAGAUACAGCAGUCGAAAUAUUUGUAAACAAAAGACUAUAGAACCAAAGACAAGGAAAAAAAAUAUAUAUAUUGUAAUUUUCAAAGAAGAAUAAUGGAAAAGAGUGAGAAAGCAAAGGAUUUGACUUUUCCAAAAGGCACCGAGAAAGGGAAACAAAAAUUAUCACAUGACUGUGAUGUGUGUAAAAAGUCUUUCUCUCAAAAGAGUCACUUGAAUAUGCACAAAUGUAUUCAUGCAGUGGAGAAGCCAUUUCACUGUGACAUUUGUGGUAAAUCAUUCUCUAAAAAAUUUUACCUGACAACACACCAACGUAUUCAUACAGGGGAAAAGCCAUUUCACUGUGACAUCUGUGGUAAAUCAUUCCCUCAAAGUAAUAACUUAACUACUCAUAAACGUAUUCAUACAGGGGAAAAGCCAUUUCACUGUGACAUCUGUGGUAAAUCAUUCCCUCAAAGUAAUACCUUGACUACACACAAACGUAUUCAUACAGGAGAGAAGCCUUAUCACUGUGAUGUCUGUGGUACAUCAUUCUCUCACCAUAGUGCUUUAAAUUCUCACAAACGUGUUCAUACAGGGGAAAAGCCGUACCAAUGUAACAUCUGUAGUAAAUCAUUCUCUCAAAAAGGUAGCAUGACUACACACAAACGUAUUCAUGCACGGGAGAAGACUUAUGACUGUGACGUCUGUUUUACAUCAUUCUAUGACCGAAGUGCUUUUAAUUCGCACAUGCAUCUCCAUGAAGGGAAGAAACCAUUUCACUGUGACAUUUGUGGUAAAUCACUCUCUCGUAAAGAUAGCUUGACUAGACACAAAUGUAUUCAUACUGGAGAGAAGCCUUAUCACUGUGGUGUCUGUGGUACAUUAUUCUUUAAAAAAAUUAACUUGACUAAACACAACCGUAUUCAUACAGGGGAGAACCCAUUUCACUGUGACAUCUGUGGUAAAUCAUUCUCUAAAAAAAUUUACUUGACUAAACACAACCGUAUUCAUACAGGGGAGAAACCAUUUCGCUGUGAAGUUUGUGGUAAAUCAUUCUCUCAAAGUUAUAACUUGACUACACACAAACGUAUUCAUACAGGAGAGAAGCCUUAUCACUGUGAUGUCUGUGGUACAUCAUUCUCUAACCAAAGUUCUUUAAAUUCUCACGUACGUGUUCAUACAGGGGAAAAGCCAUUUCACUGUGACAUCUGUGGUAAAUCAUUCCCUCGGAGUAAUAGCUUAACUACACACAAACGUAUUCAUACCGGAGAGAAGCCUUAUCACUGUGAUGUCUGUGGUACAUCAUUCUCUGACCAGAGUGCUUUAAAUUCUCACAUAACUAUUCAUACAGGAGAGAAACCAUUUCACUGUGACAUUUGUGGUAAAUCAUUCACUAGAAAAAUUUACUUGACUAAACACAACCGUAUUCAUACAGGGGAGAAACCAUUUCGCUGUGACAUCUGUGGUAAAUCAUUCUCUGACAAAAGUGCUUUAAAUUCUCAUGUAUUUGUUCAUACUGGGGAGAAGCGAUUUCAGUGUGACAUUUGUGGUAAAUCAUUCUCUCGAAGUCAUCACUUGACUACACACAAACGUCUUCAUACAGGAGAGAAGCCAUAUCAUUGUGGUAUCUGUGGUACAAGAUUCUCUGAAAAAAGUGCUUUAAAUAACCACCAGUAUUUUCAUACAGGGGAGAAGCCAUAUCACUGUGAUAUCUGUGGUAAAUCUUUCACUCAAAGUAGUACCCUAACUCAACACAAACGUAUUCAUACAGGAGAGAAACCAUAUUCCUGUAAUAUCUGUGGUAAAUCAUUCCCUCGCAACUCUGCUUUGACUGAACAUAAACAUAUUCAUACAGGAGAGAAGCCAUAACUUUGGUAAACACAAUCUUAUUCAUACAGGAGAGAUGCCAUAUUCUUGUGAUAUCUGCGACAAAUCAUUCUCUCAAAGUAGUGACAUAACUAGACACAGACGAUUUCAUACAGGAGAGAAGCCAUAUCGCUGUGAUAUCUGUGGUAAAUUGUUCUCCACAAGUAGUUACUUGACUACACACAAACGUAUUCAUACUGGAGAAAAGCCCUAUCACUGCCUACUUCUUACAAAGACCAUAAUAGUAAUUUUUGAUUGUCAUUGAAAAUCUUUAAUACAAUUUUAUUUUAAAUAUAAGCAAAUGCAGUGAAUUCGAAAAUACAUUCUUGUAGCAUUUAUUUACAUGCAAAAUAUAUAUCUUUAUAUACAUAAAUAAAAUGAUAUUUAUGAUUGCACAUUCAAUAGUUGUAGAAAUUAGUAUGUAAUAACCAAGUGCUGAUAAAUGACCACUCUAGUGUGAACUAAAUGUGUAUCUAUUCUUAUAGAUAUAUGACUGUCAAUGUGACACUUCAUAAGAACAAUAAGCAUUUUGGCCCCCUCCGAAAAUGGUUGUAAUGUUGUGGUCUUCCUCCAUAGCAAUAACCAAGCUACUCAUUAGGGAAUUAUUAUAAUUGUCAGAGUUCCUUCUAAUCCAAAACAAUAAAAAGUGACGCUGUAAAUGUAUUCACAUGAGAGAGGAGAUGGAACAGUGUGUGGUAACAACUUCUCAACUCUAUAGUUUAUGUUACCACAUUGAAGCUAACUUACUUGCGGGAUACUUUUGGAAUAAAGACAAUUUCUUCAAGACUUUGAA